AGGGUUUAAAAGCCAACCAGGAGCCUCGGUUUCAGCAACAGCAUCACUUCAGCAGCGCUACAACAUCCAGGGGAACCCAGGAGAUAAACUAAAGUCUGUUUCUGCUCCACAACCUGAACUCCUGAAGCUUCCUACAACUGCCAACAAGACACCAAACUGUGAGACAAUGAAAGUCGCCGUUGUUUUCGUUCUGCUCUUCGCCACAGUCCUCUGUCGGCCGGCGAAAAAAGUAUCUCUCAGCAGUUCAGAGAGCUCUGAGGAAGUGGUGAAACGACCAGCAGCUCAACCCCUCAGGAAAAAGGCGGUAGAGGUUCCUCAGUACCGUGCAGCACCCGUACAGAACGUUGUAGCAGCAGCUGCUCCUGAAUCCGACGAGAGCGCAGAGAGCUCAGAUGAAGAUGAGCAGGCGGCAGCAUUAGAACUCAAGUCUGAAAUCACAGACACAACUUCAUCCCCAGAUACCGCCACUGUCGACAGCCAGGACAGCGAGGACAGUGAUGAUGAUGAUGACGACGACGACGACGCAGAGGAAACCGAGGAGGAUGACACUAGUGAAAGCACAGAGUCAGGCGAGUCCUCCACCCCCGCUCCCGCCACCCUCACCCCUGUCAUCGUCACAGAAGAACCCGUGGCUGAAGCCACCGCUGAGCCCAUCGAGCCUACCAUUGUCACCGACGACGCAGCCCGCGGCGACAGCUUGGGAGGCUACCCCAGUGACUACAAGUCCAUCGUCUACGUUGAGGAGAAAACCUACCACAAGAUUCCUUCUCCCUACAAGUCCUACGAGUACAUGGGCACAGGAAAGAAGAUGGCCAACGACAUGACAGAGGACAACGAGGUGGACAAGUCAAUGAAGGUGUACAAGGUACAGGCUCUUCAGGUCCACAACGAAAUCGUGGAGGAAGACACCAGCACCCCUGAUGUGGAGAGCCAGGGCCUCGACGCCUCCUCCGGCACCGCUCAGGACCAGGACACCCGCCAGGCCGCCCUCCCAGAGGAAGAGGAGAGCGCCAGCGCCAGCGACGCCACCACAAGCGAGAGCUCCAGCGCCCCAGAGGAAGAGGAGGAAGAGGAGAGCGCGAGCAACAGCGCCAGCCAGGAGUCAGAAGACGACGACAGCCAGAGCAGCGAGGAGGCCACGGCCACGCCCGGAGCCGCCGACAGCGAUUCAGACGAGAGCGAUGAGAGCGAUGAGGUGGCGGCACCUGACGCCACCACUGACAUGCCAGCGGUCAUCACUGCCAAAUAAGCUCCGCCCAUCCAGGAAAAUGGAGUGGUGUCAGAUCAAAAAAGCACACGCUGCAUCCAGGUGCAAAUAGCCCCCUCCAGAGCCACGUUCCACUGUAGGGCCAAACAGGGACAGCCACGACUUCAAUAUGAUUGAUUUCAAUGUGUUCACACAAUAUUUCUGUGAUUAUUUGUGCAUCUUUUGGGAAGCAGAAAUGCUUUUCCUUCUGGAUUGUAUUUAAAUAAACCAAUAACUCCUGCA